AUGGAGGCGCUGCGGGCUCUCGGGGGCCCCACGGCGUCACGCACCGUCACGCUGCUCGAGACGCUGGCCGGCCUCGACAUCGGCAAGGCCCUCAGACAGCAGAUCACCGACUACCUGGCGAAGGUCGAGCCGCCCGACGGGGCGGAGGCGGUCGUGUCUCGCGAGACCCUCGGCCUCGAGAUCCAGGCCAUCAAGAUCGAGUCCCCGUACGACGAGAAGAAGGCCAAGCUGAUGCUCGCGGCCCCCCACUGGCUCAUGCGCGGGGUGAUCACACACGCGUUCACCGCGGAGGGCUUGGCAACGAGGAUGACGGGAAUCGCCCCCCGGGUGGCUCGAGGACGAGCUCUCGACGUGGCUGGACGCUCUGACCCGAUAGAACUUGUGCACGGCGAAACCUUGAAUGCUACAGUUGACCCAGCGCGCCCGCGGCUCCCGUCUUCAGACUCUUCGGCACUCAGCCUGAGCCCGCGGAGCGCAGUCCUGACCCUCUUCAUCCUCUUCCCUCGGACUCGUCUGAAGAAUGGCCGUGGGACGAGUGGGUGCAUUGUGAGCGCGAUUCUGUUUUUCUGUGGGAGAAAGCGGGGAAGAUCAUCAUUUUUCUUCGGGCCACAACCUGGGCCAUGA